UUGCCGGAGUUCGAUAACUGAAAAGUAGGUAUUCACCUUAACUUUUAGUAACUAUUGAAAUAUCAUUGAACAAUUGCUCAUUGAAUUUAUACAUCAAUCAAGCGUUGAUGCGAACUUUAAUUAAUGAAUGACAAUAGUGUAGAAACAUUAAAAAAUAAAAUGGAUAAAAUCAAAAACAAAAAAGUUUCUUUUAACAUAUUACCCAUUACUAAUAAUGAUAAAGAAACUGUGAAGAAUUCCUUAAGACAGUAUUUUUUCCGUGAUGAACCUAUAUCUGCAAGCAUAGGGUUAUUAGAAGAAAAAGAAUCAGUAAUACAAUUUGAAAAUUUUUGCAUUGAUUUAUUACAAUUUGGUGUAUCUUUUAUGGCAGUAUCUACAGAAACAGGUGAAAUGAUGGGUGCCACGUUAAAUAGCACAGCAUGCCGGGGUGACAAAAUAAAACAAUACAGUGACAAGAAUAAUAAUAGAAGUAUAAAAUAUAAUGAGCUGAUGAUUUUCUUAGACAAAGCUGGACGAGAUACUGAUUUUUUUGGACAGUAUCCAAAUAUAGAUCGUAUAAUGAAGUUGGAGAUUAUUACAGUGAAUGAAGCAUAUAGAGGACAAGGAGUUUGUAAAGCCCUCGUCAACAAAUCUAAAGAGUUGGCGUUGGAGUUAGGAUAUCAAAUGAUUGGUGUGGACUGCUCCAGUAAUUUUACUGCAAUGGCUGUUGAAAGAUUUGGAUUUCAAUGUAUCUAUUCAUUUCCUUAUUCAGAUUACGUGAACAAGCAAGGCGAAGUUGUGUUCAAGACACAGCCUCCUCAUGAAUACUUCAAAACCCAUGUAUUACUUCUCUAAUAUAUUGUAUGUUCAUUACAAUACCCAAUUACACCGAUAACCAGUUAAACCCAAAAAUUAAUAUAUUAAUAACAAUAUAUAGAUUUUAUAUUAAGCGUAGUUAUAAUUAUAUUAUUAUAAAAGUAAAGAUUGUAGCAAUAUAGGUGUAGGUUUAUGUAUUUACCUAGUACUUAAUUCCCGGGCUAGUAUAGCAAGAUAUUCUAAGAUAUAUUUACAGUUAGGUACAUUUAAGAUGACCAUUUAAUAGUUACGCAUACAACACGUAUUGUGUAGUAUUGUAUUAAGUUCAAAUAUUAAUUGGUGCUAUUGUUGAUAGUUGAUACUAGUAAUGCCCUGUUUCAAAUUGGCUUAACAUAUGUAACACUCUCACGUGUGAAAACAUUAAACGGAUUAUUGUUUAAGCCAUCAUUAAAUUAUUAGAAAUUAUUGAAAAUUAACAACAGCUAUGAUAGGACCUCGGGAUGAGUUGCAACGUUUGAGAAAUUUAUAUCAAGAAAAAUGAUAUAGUAAUAUAUGGAUAGGUAUACCUUUUUAUGUUAAAUUUUAUUUUAUUUACAUUUAGAAACCAAAAUAUAUUUUUCACCUAUAAUAUGAAACAUCAAACAAAAUACAGUGAUUUAUUGUGAUAAUAAAAAAUAUAUAUUUAGCUAAGUAUAUAAUAA